CAUGCCCUUUUAAGUACAGUGCAUCUCCAAGUGUUUAAUUGCUAUUGUAGUAAUGUAAAGUAAUGCCAAAUCAUUUUCUGUAUGAAACGUGAUUUUACUUGUACACGGUGUGGCAUUGAUGCCUUUACUAAGUGAACCAUACUUCUUCCACCUCUGCAUUCAGUACUUCCAUUUCAAAUGAAACCAAUGGACAUGGAAUAGCUAUAAUGGCGUGGUAAUAAACCCGUUGAGCCACAAGGAGGGGCUGACAGAGUGAGCAGGAUUUCAAACAAUGGGACAAAUUACAUCUAGUUAUAGAUGUCGGAUUGCCCGAAUACAAAAGCCCCAAACUCAACCUGUACAUGAAACUCAAGGAACUAUCAGCCGAGAUACAAACAGACUUUCUAAUGGCGCGGAAAGAAGAAUGGACACCUCAUCUGUUUUCACAAAGGACCGACUUGUCAAGUGUGACAUGGGGCACAAAUACAGCAUUGAUAAGUAAGUCCUCUUUUACAAAAAUGUUUCUUCUUUCCAUUUUCAAGAGAGCAAUGAGAAGUUCCCCCAAAGACAUUUUACUUUCAUAUCCUUUUCCUUCUCUUGGGCCCCGAGGUCCAGAGUUUUAAACACUGAUCUAGACAACACAAUAGUGAGGCUUGUGAAUACCAUGCGUUGCCCAGGCAUGAGUGGAAUUAACCGAAAUGUAUUUCUUAGCUUCUCCUCAGUAACCGCUUCCUCCAAACACAUGUUCUUUUAUGUAUGAUUUAUUUAAAUUGGACCUCUGUAAUAUACAAACAACUGUCGGGACACAUGCUCUCAAUCAAGCAUCGGCAAACACACAUGCGCUCAUUCAAUCACGAGCCAGCGCACACAAACACACACUCGCACACAAACACCUCAAUGAAUGUCCUGCAUCAAUUGCCCACGAGCAAACGUGUCCUCCCACAUGCCGAAGUAUGUCUCCCCACGCAGAGAAUCCCCACGCAUCAAAGCCUGCGCUUCCUCCUCAAUCCCAUAACAUUUAGCUGAGGGAUGUUCUUCUUCUGUCUGCAAAGCCCUCUGCUUAUUGUCCUCCUAACACAAUAAACACAGCUGCCAAAAGCUCUUGGAUCCACACAAGAGACACCCCCAUAUAUGAGCAAAGUGAUGCUCACGUUCGGAAACAGGCAUCCUUUAAUUUAAAAUCCCAAAGCUCCGUGGUCGCCAGAAUCACUCAGUCAUCAGAUGAGAACUGAUUGGAAACAGCUUCACGAAGAGGAUGAGAAACGACAAUUUCGUGAAUGAAGCAGAAGGAUAUGUGCGUUAACCAAAGAGUAGGUUAAUGUGCACGUCAUCAGAGGGGGCUUUUCAGACCGACCUGAUGACAGCCAGACAGAUUUUUGCCAAUCUUGUUUAUUUUUUCAUUUGUGGUGAAAUCUUUUAUUAGGAGGGCUGUUUUCCCUCACCAGAGAAUGGGGGCGGGGCCAAGCCUCCACUCUGCUCAAACUAUGUGUAAAAUCACACCAUCAGCCUCCCUCUUUCGGCAUGUGGACCACCCUCUGCUGAUCCCUGAGUGGGCAGUGUCUGCUCGUGCCGUAGUUGUGCGCAGGCCUUCAUUCUCAAUGAGAGCAAAGAGCGAAGGAGACUAAGAGGAGGAGAAUGGAGAGCAUGGACCUGCAUAGAAAACGCAAUUGAAAAAGCGCACCAAGCCGGGUAUCACCUGAACCUCCCGGGCUGCUGACUGACCUCACUGACACAGAUCUCUAGCUUGUUUGUUGAUAGAGAGAGGAGAAGCCAUGGCAACCGGAAUAAGGAGCAUAGUUAUUCUGUUCUGUUUGUCUUUCUGGAGCAACAGCCAAGCCCUCACAAAGCACCCCAUCCUAUCCCGGGUACGAAGGGCCCCCGAGGCCAAAGAAGAAAACCGGAAGUGCUCCUACACCUUCCUGGUCCCUGAGCAGAAGAUCACAGGACCCAUCUGUGCCUCUCGUGGUCAUUCAAACGACAAGGACCGAGUGACGCGCCUGGACGUGGCCUCCGUGCGCGACCUUCUGUCGAGGCAGCGUAGGGAGAUGGAGACCCUAAAGUUAGUGGUGGAUGUCGACGGCAACCUGGUGAACGAGAUGAAGCUGAUGAGGAAAGAGAGCAGGAACAUGAACUCUAGAGUGACCCAGCUCUACAUGCAACUGCUGCACGAGAUCAUCCGCAAGAGGGACAACUCCCUGGAGCUGGCCCAGCUGGAGACGCGCAUCCUCAACGCCACCAGCGAGUCACUGCGCCUGGGCUCCAGGUACAGGGAACUGGAAGCCAAAUACGCUGCUCUGUCCGCAGUGGUGAACAACCAGUCGGUUCUGAUUGGCGCCUUGGAGGAGCGUUGCAUGCAGGUGUACAGCCGCAGGCACGACCAGCCGCCCCUGGGGCCUCCGCUGGUGCAGGUGGUGCCCGAGAACCUUCCCGUUACCGUGCCGCGUUUCACCAACGAGAUCCAGAGGGACAACACCCGAGGCUUUGCCCGCGAGAGGGGCUCUCGCUCUGGACCGUCGCCCACAAGCGGCACCUUGGAGGUUCAGAAGCCGCCGCACCAAAACUUCAGCUCUGAAGGCCCGUUCAGAGACUGUCUUGCGGCGCAGGAAGCCGGCCACAGCACCAGCGGCAUGUACCUGAUCAGACCAGACGAGGCCGAGAGGCCCGUCCAGGCCUGGUGUGAACAGGAUAUAGACAACGGGGGCUGGACUGUGAUCCAGAGCAGGAGAGACGGCUCCGUUAACUUCUUCAGGAACUGGGAUAACUACAAGAGCGGUUUUGGCAACAUCGACGGAGAGUACUGGCUCGGUCUGGAAGGCAUCUACAACCUGGGGAGGCAGGGCGACUACAAGCUGCUGGUGGAGCUGGAGGACUGGAUGGACAAGAAGGUCUACGCUCAGUACAGCAGCUUCCAUCUAGAGCCCGAGAAGGAGGGCUACCGCCUGCGGCUGGGCACCUACCAGGGCAACGCCGGGGACUCCCUGAGCAGCCACAACGGCAAGCAGUUCACCACUCUGGAUCGAGACAAGGAUGCAUUCUCAGGUAACUGUGCCCAUUUCCACAAAGGAGGCUGGUGGUACAACGCCUGCGGACAAGCCAACCUUAACGGUGUCUGGUACACCGGAGGCGUUUACCGCAGCAAAUUCCAAGAUGGGAUCUUCUGGGCGGACUACGGCGGGGGCUUCUACUCAAUGAAGUCCGUGCGUAUGCUGAUCCGGCCCAUAGACUGAGGAGAUACCGUAAACCAGGCUGGUCCAGGUGUAAUUGUGGAGGCCAGGAGCAAACUUGAACCUCAUUCUGUUACUGUACAUGUCAUCAGCAAUUUGUUGAUCCGAGACAGCGGAGCGACACCAACAGAGAUUGACAACCAGUUGUGACUUGAUCUGCCUCCUGUUACAGAUUUGAAGUCUGUGUGAAACGUUAUUCUCUUUAUAGCAUAAUAGAUACACUUAGAGGGAUUUAUGGGGCCAUGAUGACUGUUUAAAGUAAGACAUAUCACUCUUUUAAUAAUGAAAUACAUUUGACGUUGAAGGAAUAAUUAAGGCCAUAUGUAGCUAAAUAAUGCUAGCUGUAUAUCUUAUUAAGAGACCACGGUGUUUCCUCAUUUCGAAGUUACCCCGUGGAGAUGAGGUACCACAUCUAACAGAGCUUCACUGGUAUUGAUGUCAUUCAUAAGCUUUAGCAUAACAGGAUCUAAAUGCAGCUCUUCCUACCUCGCCAAGAUAAACAUGUGGGCUAAAUGCUCAUACAUGCAUUCUCUUACUACCUAUCUUGAUCUUUUUAGGCUCCAUAUCUAUUUCCAGAUCUGAAAAGACCAACAUUGUUUGAUUACCCAAAAACAGUCUUUCUCUGCACUCAUAAUGACCUUUUAUACUGUAUGUUAAACUACUUUUUGACCAGAAAUGAUAAUUUAUGUGUACAAUUAACUUAUCAUAACAGUGAAAAGGGGCAAGGUGUCCUGAGGGAACAGUAAACAAUCCUACAGAAAAUAGAACAGAUUUCCUCAACUGUGUAAAUAACAAUCAUUCUCAAAGUAUGCUUGCACAUAUGGAAAUGCUAUUGAAUGUUUUUCUCAUUUGGCUGAUGAUUCAAUUUCAGUAUGACUCGGGGGUAGAAAUAAGCAUUGUUUGAGAAAGAAAGUGGAAUUACAUUGUGUUUGGAGUGCUUUCGAGCACAGAAAAAUAUGCAGACCAAGCGUCUUGAGAUUCUAGGCAAUGGGACAGACAAUGAGAAACACAUUGCUGGAAGCCAGACAGAAUGAAGAGAGAAAAGGGCAGGAGGGAGGGGAGUGGGACCAACGAAGACGGAACUCAGCCAAAUUUCCAAAUUAUCCCCCCCCCCCCCCCCUCUUUCUUUUAAAUACACAGAAAUUGACAUUCUUUCCACACGGAAAGUGCUUGAACUGUAUGUUUUCGUAACAUAUCUUUCAUUGACAAAGUCACGGCUGCUCUCUCUAAUCACCGGUAUGGCAGGAAAGCGGCAUCCUUUGGGGGAAACCAUCCGAGAGGAGAGGGGAGCUUUUUUUCUUCUGUUUUUUUUUUUUUUUUUAACUUGUGGGUCAGCUUUUAACAACAUCCAACAGUCUUUGGUCUCUCAACUGAAAAUAGACCCUCAUAUUGUUGUGGUGUUCUUUAAACCACAAAGUCCCUCACACCCAUCUUUUUUAGAAAAAGUUUUUAAAGCAAACAACAACAAAAAAAAGCCAGGAGGCUAGUCCAAACCGGACAUGAGGCAUGUAUACGGUCAUGUAGAAAAGUAGCGGCUAAUAAAAACAAUAUUAUGUGAUUAGAAUUAAACUGUAAUAUCACCUAAGGCCAUUGAGUCAAAAUAAUUGGUAGAUCAAUAGAGCACAACUUAUAUUCAGGAUCACUUUGCAGUACAUACUUUGGAUUUAAAGGAACUCCUUUCAUGUGCCAUGCUGAUUAAUUAGUGCUUAACUUAUUCAUUUUUAGUCCUUGUUUCGGGUUUCUAUGCCCAUUCCAAACUCGUCUUGUGGUUGUGAGUCACGCAGAUGAAAUGUUGCUGUUUUUUUCCAGCAGACACUGUUAGUCCACAGAAGGAGGCAGAUGUAAGAGUUCUAUUAAAUGUGCCUUGUGUUGUCGUGAAAAUGAGGCAUGUCCUUUAAAGUGGUGACACGUUCGUGGAUGACUGAGUAAGGGCGAGUCAUCAGUAGCUGCACGACUAUUACCACUGUCUAUUCUUUUAAACCUAAACUUCUUUUAUGGUAAAUCAAACUUUUGUUUUCUGAGGGUACUUUUAUUUCAAAAGAAUAGUGGGAUAUUUUGGAAAAUACAUUGUUUGACAGAGAACUUGAUUGAGAGUUAAUGCCCUCAUAUGCGUAUUAAAGGAAUAGUGUUUUUUUUUUUUUGGCAAAAAUAAAAUAAAAUCAUUGAAAGCCUUCCCCUCUCUUGCCUGGAUGGUAAAUAUGAAUAUGUUCAGCAGGUAAGUUAGCACUGAAGCAGACCCAGAUUUGUUUUUUUUCUUUUCUCCCUUUCAGCACCUCUAAAAGUCCCAAUGUAACAUGUCCAGUUUUGAUUGUCUUACAUGUACAGAAAAUAAAAGGUAAAAAUGACAAGUUGUGUCAUCAGCAGUUACUUAAAAGCCUGAUAUGUCACUGCACCAAUUUACUACAA